GGAGUCUGCCUCUAUCCAUAGAUGUCCCAAUGGGAGGAUCUGAAACUUGAGACAACUUCUAUCCUCGUAGCCAAAUGAUUGGAUCCUUCACCGACAGAAAGAAAAAAAAAACCUCCCAAGAAAGCAUGCUGGAUCUCUGAAAGUGCUUAGAGGGAUUUCGGAAACGAUUGGAGGAGUAGGAAGGUCCCUCCCCGCCUGCACCUGACUGGAAGCUAUUUACAGCACUUUUCAAGAAGUCUGUGCUUUAGUAGUGGCACUUCUCUGCAGUGCAUGAUCCCAGCAGUGCCCAGACCAUGCUAUAGAGAGCGGGCUGGGCUACAGGAGCACUCAUUCUGGGAACCGUUACUUUCCACGCUCUGGGGACCAGCCAGGUCCCUCUUCACUGAAAAUGCCACGGUCCUUCCUGGUCAAGAAACACUUCAACUCCUCUAAGAAACCUAAUUACGGAGAGCUGGACAACCAUACAGUAAUCAUCUCCCCGUUCCUGUAUGAGAGGUACCCUGUGUCAGUGAUCCCGCCAGCAGACAUCCUCAGCUCCGUUGCCUACAGCCCCAUCACAGUAUGGACUAGUCUGCUCCCCUCUCCCCUGCCCAAUGACCUGUCCCCCCUCUCAGGAUACCCGUCCUCAUUAGGACACAUCAGUCCGCCUCCUCCGUCCGACACCUCAUCCAAGGACCACAGUGGCUCUGAGAGCCCGAUCAGCGACGAGGAGGAGCGGAUCCAGUCCAAGCUCUCCGAAGCGCACGUAAUAGAGGCGGAAAAGUUCCAGUGCGGUCUGUGCACUAAGACCUACUCCACCUUCUCCGGGCUGGCCAAGCACAAGCAGCUGCACUGCGAUGCCCAGGCCAGGAAGGCGUUCAGCUGCAAGUACUGUGAGAAGGAGUACGUCAGCCUGGGAGCACUGAAGAUGCACAUCAGGACGCAUACCUUACCCUGUGUCUGCAAGAUCUGCGGCAAAGCGUUCUCCAGACCCUGGCUGCUGCAAGGACACAUCAGGACCCACACAGGAGAAAAGCCAUUCUCAUGUCCACAUUGCAACAGAGCUUUUGCAGACAGGUCAAAUUUGAGAGCUCACCUGCAAACCCAUUCAGAUGUGAAGAAAUAUCAGUGCAAAACUUGCUCCAAAACUUUUUCCAGAAUGUCCCUGCUUCACAAACAUGAGGAGUCUGGCUGCUGUGUAGCACACUGACACUCUCCAGUCAACAGAUGUUUACCAGGACUGAUCAAGCACAUUCAGGGUUCCUACUGCAAGGGCAUGGGGACAGUUCCAAAGGUAUUACCUCUGCCUGUUGAGGAGACAAGCCAAAUUUUCCAAAUCUCUUCAAUGUGGAUCUGAAAGAUGAACAAUAUUUUUCAGGAUUGCUGUAAUGAAACUUAUGGCCUACAAGAACCAAAUACUUCCUGACUUGAAUAAAUGCCUAAAAAGCUACAUAGCUGAUUCUUGCCAAAAUCAUUUCAGCUGGACAGUAUUUUUAUGUGACAGUGCCUUAAUAAUUCCUCAGUAUCUCUCAGGUGCAUUCUCAGCCAUACAGUUGCAUUUUCUUGAUGUACUGAAUGGACUAAAAUUAUUACCUAGAUUCCAUUUUUACAUUUACACAAUGCAAAUGGUCAAUCAAAACUUAGCAAAAGUUACCCAAUAUGCUGUUUAAGAGCAAUACAUAAUGUGCCUUAAGGAACUUGUGGAUUUAAACAUUAAGCAUUGUACCUUUUUUCUGAACAAAAAAAACAUUGUCAUUUUAUUUUUAUUUUUUUAUAAUGGGAGCAAGUGCAAAAAAGUGUGAGGGUUUAUGGGAGGUGAAACUGUAGAUACUGAAGUGCACAAAGUAAAUGAUAUGUACAAUUUCAGCAUUCUCUACAUAAAAUCCCUCUGUGCCUUUUUUUUAUAAUAUUUUGUAAAAUAUGUAAAUAUAUUGUAAAUGGUUAUAUUUUUAUAUAUGUUCUGAGUGUAGAGUGAAUGGGAGAAAGGCUGCAUGCAGCUUUCUGGACUAAUUGAAGAAUGAGAGAGAUACAUUUUUUAAAAAAUAAAAUAAAAUUUUUGAAUAUA